AAGGAGGAGCUGGCGGGACACGGGAAAUUUGGAGCUCAUGUGUGAAGUGAACUCGGUUUAAACAGCAUAAAACAGAUAAAACUGGGGCCAACAAACAGUCAUGGAGUGCAUUAACGCGAAGUACGUGUCUCAGAAGAUCAGUAAAACGCGCUGGAGGCCUGUACCGGCGGCGUCCCUGCAGCAGCCCCGCUCAUUCGCCACCGGCUCCUGGGACAACGAGGCUAAUCAGGUUUGCGUCUGGCGUGUGGGGGAGACUGGAAUGAUUGGUGAAGAUGAUGAGCUGGAGGGAGAUCCACAGUUGCUGUGCGAGUGUAAACAUGGAGGAGACGUUCUGGACAUGCAGUUUCUGGAUCAAGACAGGCUAGUCACAGCAUCUUCAACAGGGGCAGUGACUAUCUAUAAACUUCAUGCCGACAACCAGACUCUGUCUGUGGCUCACGCGUGGGACAAAGCGCAUCACUAUCAGCGUGCCAGCGCCCCAUGCACAGGAGUCGUGUGCAGUAGUCCAGAUGUGGUGUCAGUAGGUGAAGACGGGCGAGUCAUUCUCUACAAAGCUGACCAGAGAGGAGUCGUGCGUGUCAUCGAAAAUGCAGACAGCAGCACAAUCCACGCAGUGACUUUUCUUCGGACGACUGAAGUGCUGACAGUAAACUCCAUUGGGCAGCUGAAGCUCUGGGACUUCAGGCAGCAGAGCAGUGUGCCUGCACAGAUCCUCUCUCUCACUGGGGACAGAGUGCCCCUGCAUUGCGUGGACAGGCACCCGAACCAGCAGCAUAUAGUGGCCACUGGAGGCCAGGAUGGCAUGCUGUGUAUCUGGGACGUGAGGCAGGGCAACAUGCCCUUCUCUCUCAUGGAGGCCCACUCUGCUGAAAUGUGGGAGGUCCAUUUUCACCCGUCAAACCCCGACCACUUGUUCACUUGUUCAGAAGACGGCUCUCUGCUGCACUGGGAGACCUCCUCUGGGUCAGACACACCGUCUUUCCUGCAGGGGCGCAACACCAGCAUUAUGUCCCGCAGCGCCGCAGCUCCAGCGGGCGGAAACCAGUCCCUUAUCAGUGCCUGGCUCAAUGGAGACUCCAGCAAGGGCAGGCUGGAGACCACUCACAUGCUGCCCAGCCAGACACUGUCCGUCAACAGCCUGGAUGUGCUUGGACAGUGCUUAGUGUGCGGCACUGAUGGAGAGGCGGUUUACAUAAACAGACGGGUCCCUGUGUGACGUUAAAUGGUUUGGGUAAUAGUGACGAUUUGCUCUUUUCACCAUCACUUUUCAUUUGUUUGUUACUUUUUUGUGUUUUUUUCUGGUUAAUGCACUUAGAAAAAUAAAACA